AUGCCGGCGUUUUCCCGAUUACAACUAGCCCAAGCACUCCUUGAGUACGAUAACGAGGAUCUUCCGGUUGAAGCUCCUCGCCGUUCUGCCUAUGACAGCGCAAUAUUUCCCAUUUACGCCGCGCCAGAGGACCGAUCGUCCUGCUACUACACUCUAUGGAGAUGGUGGCCCCCAAAGAAGUACAAAUCACCUGGGGCUGAGCUACAUCAUGGUGGCGAGGCCGCAGGAACAGAGCUUGGAACCGGAUUUCGUGGCAGCGUUGGUGCUCGUCGUUCUUUAGACAUCCAAAGUGCACUUCCGACCCGAAAGUCGGUGGACGUGUUGCGUUCAGAUUGGGGCGACAAACGUUCAUCCAGGUUUGAGACUUCAGAGCUGGGCUAUCUGGGAACACCAGAUGAGGAAGAGGAUGCGCCAGAAGGCGCUAUGUCCCACAAUAGGCCUGUCAUGUCACGUUCUCCAUCCGAUGCGCUCCCCAACCCGUUUGCUCGUAUGCCAACUCCAGCAGACAAUGGAUCUACACUUCCCGAAAGGCCGAAACAUGCCCAUCGGCAUAGUGAUUUCGGCGCAGGAGGUGCUUUCUUAGAUGCCCAAAGUUCACAAGAUAAUUUAGUUCACGAGGCCUUAAAAGAUCGUCCUCGUUCAGUCGCAAACCCUCUUGACCUUGAAGAAUAUCGAGCAAAUGGUCCACACAUCCCGCUGGAAAAGCGUCGACCAUCCAUUGGAAUGCUCCCAUCGGAAUCCGUCCGUUUCCUUCCACUACCUCGCCUGCUCCCCUCGCAGAUAGCAACGAUGCAGACCUUCCCAAUCCAUUUGCACUACCACCCCCUACUCCAGAGCGAUUGUCGCGGAACAAUGAGGGAUGGAACCGCACAUCUACGAACAUAUUCGAAUGCUUCACUAGGUUCGCGAGCAUUGCUCGAUGAUUUCAAGGAUGAUGGCGCAUCGUACAUGACGGGAAGGCAGUUGGACGGCCCCGGAAACAAACAGGUGUCUCGAAUGGAGUUGCUGCGUCCGAAAGUACUCGUCAUGCCUAGCCCGCUUCAAGGCUCUGAGCAGCAGUCCAACCAAAACGCUGGGCGUGCUGGUUUUAUGCUCAUCCGAUGGCGCCCCUCUUCCUCCUGGCGCAACACCCGCCAAUCAAUGAGCGCUGGGUUUACUCCUAAUCCACGAACGAGCAUGACCCUAUCCCAACUCACAUUCCGAAACAACUUGAUGGUCGACGGUUCGCGAGAUAUUGCGUAUAACGACAUUGAUCAACAAUUGCGCCGGGCUACUUCCGAAGGAGAGCAGGCAGAACAAGUUUGGGAUGACUAUGAUGCUGAAACCGAGGGACCGCAGGCAGAGCGUCCUGCGGGGAGGUUGUACGGCCGUAGUUUGAUGGACGAUUUGCAAGACAGGAAAGCUCAAAUGCGUGGGCGUCAGCGCGUAUUCCGUGGUGAUAAUCGACCUGCGAUGAUGGAUCGUGGUCAAAUACGCACACAAAGUACCUUGAUCGAUUCAGCUGCACUUCAAUCUCGUCCAGUCACCUUGUUGCUUCCUCACGGCCCUGUGGUAACCAAUACGGAGCAACGUCCAAAUAAUAGCCGAACCCCUACUAUUCAACCAUUGCUCAACUUCGAUUCAAAUGAACCAGGUCGCACUGCGAAUAGCAAAUCCGUCUUCGGAGUUGAUACACUGUGGGAGAAAGAGAUGGCAAAGCUGAAAGAAAUACAAGAACAGCAAAGGUUAGAUCAAGAGGCUCAGCGAACACAGGAAGAAGAGAAACAGAGACGGAAGAUCAGAAAGGGGAAGAAAGGCAAAGCAAGAAACGAGGAAUUAGCAUCCCCCGAGGCCGGAAAUGGAGCGGAGGCUCCUGCCGCUUCAGAAUCCGGCCGUCUGAGUUUGGCGCCCCCCACUUUACCAAACAUAACCCCAUUGCACAAGCAGGUACCUCCCGCGUCUCCGGGAGAGAGCGAGUCUAGCCUACCAGCCGUGAACCGCCGGCGUCGGAGUGUAGCUACCCUCGACGCAGGCGGGUGGUUUGCCGGUUCAUCUGAUGGAGAGGAAGAAUCUGGCGCGAAGCGAGACUCGGGACCUGGGGCAGCUCCGAUUUCCAGGGGACGAGACGAGGACUCAGAUGAUGACGUCCCCCUCACCAAUAUCAAGGUUCGCGCACCGGAGUCGGACGACGAUGAAGACGCACCAUUAUCGAACCUCAAGUCGAGACAGAGUGUAGCGCUCCCUGACUUGAAACCCGCCUCGACACUAGACAUUGCCGCUUCUUUGGGCUUGGCACCCGAGCCGACGCAAACAAAGGCAGCUGGGGGUGACGAUAGCGACGAUGAAGUGCCAUUAGCUAUACAUCGACAAACCAUCAUGCUACCGCAGGACUCGAAUAAAAAGCCUGGAGCUGAGAACGAUGACAGUGACGACGACGAGAAGCCUCUCGGCCUCCGGCUGAGCCAGGCUCCGAGUGUAGCUCAGCAGCGACGCCAGGAAGAAUAUCAACAAAUGAUGCUAAUGCAACAGCAGCAACAAUUGAUGAUGCAGCAGCAAGCCAUGCGUGCUUCAAUGUUCAGCGCGUCCAUGCUUUCAUUCCAACCACAUAUGGGCGGCCCGGGAUCUGUUCAUUCGUUUGGUGCUCCGGUACCCGCCCAGGACCCCAAACUAACGAGAGUUGAUCAGUGGAGACACGAUGUCAGUGGGGUCAAUGAUCCGUAA